AUGGGCUCAAUUUCCGAACCACCCCAAUCACCCUCCCACUUCACCAACCUCCCCCAAAUCCCAACGGACGAACCAUUCGCCGUAAACGCCUCCUACAUCAAAGACACCUACCCGAAAAAAGUAAACCUGGGAAUCGGCGUCUACCGCACAAACAAAGGCGACCCAUGGCCUCUGCGCGUCGUUGAGGAUGCCGAAAAGGCAAUCUACAACGCGCAAGAUAUCAGUCGACAUGAAUACCUGAGCAUACAAGGAGAUCGAGAAUUCCUCCGAUUAGCAGCGGAUCUGGUCUUUGACUUUAACUCUGUACAGCCCUGCGCUGAUACAACGCAGAGUGGCCUGGACAGGGUAACAUCAAUCCAAACCGUCUCAGGAACAGGGGCAAACCGACUCGGCGCGGAAUUCCUCACCCGAAAUAUCUCUCCAGGAAAUGUCUGGAUCCCGGCACCAACAUGGGCAAAUCACCACACGAUCUGGGACCUAGCCGGUGUUCCUAGAAAAGAAUAUCCAUACUACAACAGCAGUACAGGAGAAUUCAACUACGAAGAAACACUCCAAACGCUUCGCACCUCCAGUUCCAAAAACGACAUCCUAGUCCUACACGCCUGUGCGCACAACCCUACCGGUGCAGACCCAAGUCGCGAACAAUGGGAGGGUAUUCUGGAUGUCUGCAAGGAAAAGGGCCUAAUUCCAUUCUUCGAUCUGGCGUAUCAGGGCUUUGCGUCCGGAAACGUCGGUAAAGAUGGAUGGGCGAUACGACGAUUUUUCGAAGAGGGUGGUAUUGAGUUCGUUGUCGCGCAGAGCUUUUCGAAGAACUUUGGCCUUUAUGGGCAGAGGGUUGGUGCUUUGCAUGUUGUUUCUUCAUCAUCUGCUGCUCAGGGCGUUUCGGAUGACAUUCUCGCGAUGCUGUGCCAUCUCGUUCGCGGGGAGUAUUCUAUGGCUCCGAGGGGUGGGGCUGAGAUUGUGCGGAGGGUGUUGGGGAAUAAGGAGCUCCGUGCGAGGUGGGUUGAGGAUUUGGAUACGAUGAGUACGAGAAUUCUGUCCAUGAGGAAGGCUUUGUUUGAGGAGUUGGUUGCUUUGGGAACGCCCGGGGAUUGGGGGCAUGUUGUUAAACAGAUUGGCAUGUUUACAUAUGUUGGGCUAUCGGAGACUCAGGUUUUUGCUAUCCGGGAACGGCAUCAUGUUUAUAUGCUCAAGUCUGGGCGGAUUUCUAUUUCUGGUUUGAACGAGACUAAUGUUCGUUAUGUUGCAAUGGCGAUCGAUGAUGUGGAACGCGGAAAUCUGGAAUCUGGGAACUUUGAUUUGGGAUAUGGCUCAGGAACAGAGCUUUUCCAACAAGCUCAGGAUUCGGAGGGUAAACCUACCGCAAAAGCACAUUUAGCAGAAAUGAUUGCCUUGCUCGGGAUGCCUUCACCCGAGUUCAUCGAGGAAUCGCAUUCGGCACUUAUGUAUCAGUGGCCAUAUAAGAUCAGAUUGAAUGGUGGUGAGCUAUCUGAGAACGCAUUUGAGAUGUUUGGAGGUCCAUUCUUUGAUGUAAAUGGGAAAUUCCUUCACGAAGACCUAAUUCCAGAUCGGAGGAUCGAGGACACGUUACCUUUGGUGGACGAAAAGGAUAGAAAUAAACUAAUAGCAUUUGCGAAGAAGAUGCUCACCUGGGAUCCAGAAGAACGAGCGACUGCUCGUCAACUACUGGAGGAUCCGUUCUUAAAGCUAGAAUAA